UUUUAUUGAGGAAACGAAGGGUGGCCAAUUCUUAAUUCUUUAUUUACUCCUCUAUAUAUGGUUUUAUUAGUAUUUUGGAAAGGCGGGGCCCAAAUGGAGAAGAGAAAUAAAAUUGGAGGGCAGGUAUAGAAACACCACACGAGGGCGAGGGGUAGCGGAUUUAUCGACUCCGACGAAUUUCGUUCAUAGGUUUUAGGCUCCUCCGCCUCAUCGGAGUUCCACCCCACCCCACCCCACGCCUCCCCCAUCCCCCCUUCUCCUCCGCCUCGUUAUUCACAUACACACACAUUGAUUCAUAUAUCUAUCUAUGAUCCGUAUAUCCACCGCCUGCAUCUGUCUAUUAAUUUAUUCUCGCUUUGUUUCCAACAACAAUUAAUUUAACCCUAGCACAGACUCCUCAGAAGUUGUUAAUUUUUCUUUUGUGUUCCUCGUCGUGUUUGAGAAUCUAGGGUUUUGAAACCCUAAUUUGGAAGGAGUAGGUAGAGAGAGAGAAGGAGAGAGGGAGGAGGUCGAUGGCGCAGAACGGGCAGGAGAUGGACCCUGCGGUGCUGGACGACAUCAUCAACAGGCUGUUGGAGUUUCGGCAGGCCAGGACUGUACGGCAGGUCCAGCUGUCGGAGGCCGAGAUCCGGCAGCUCUGCAACGUCUCCAGGGAGAUAUUCCUCCAGCAACCGAAUCUCUUGGAGCUCGAAGCCCCCAUCAAGAUCUGCGGUGAUAUUCAUGGGCAAUAUAGUGAUCUUUUAAGGCUUUUUGAAUAUGGGGGUUUUCCGCCUGAAGCCAACUACUUGUUCUUAGGGGACUAUGUGGACCGUGGCAAGCAGAGUUUGGAAACAAUAUGCCUUCUGCUUGCCUAUAAAAUUAAAUAUCCUGAGAACUUCUUUCUUUUACGGGGCAACCACGAAUGUGCUUCUAUCAACCGGAUCUAUGGAUUCUAUGAUGAAUGUAAACGCCGGUUUAAUGUGAGACUUUGGAAAAUCUUUACCGACUGUUUUAACUGUCUUCCUGUGGCUGCUCUCAUUGAUGACAAAAUAUUAUGCAUGCAUGGUGGCCUUUCCCCUGACCUAACGAACUUGGAUCAGAUAAGAAACCUACCCCGUCCAACUGAUGUACCAGACUCUGGUUUGCUCUGUGAUUUGCUGUGGUCAGAUCCAAGUAGGGAGGCUAAAGGUUGGGGAAUGAAUGAUAGAGGAGUUUCAUUCACCUUUGGUCCUGAAAAGGUUGCAGAAUUUUUAAUGCAGCAUGAUAUGGACCUUGUUUGUCGUGCCCAUCAGGUUGUGGAGGAUGGGUACGAGUUCUUUGCUGACCGACAGCUUGUUACUGUAUUCUCUGCUCCGAACUAUUGCGGCGAGUUUGAUAAUGCUGGUGCAAUGAUGAGUGUUGAUGAAAGCUUAAUGUGUUCUUUCCAGAUUUUGAAGCCAGCAGACAUGAAGCACGGAAAGAGGUUCUUGUGAACAAUGCCAAGAGUACUGCAGUCUUUUUCAGAACUUCAAAGUUGUCCCGCCUGAUUCACGAGGUGGAUAGGAACAUUUGAAGAUUCAAGCUCAAAGUUUCUUAGAAGUGAGAUGUAAUCAUGGUGAUCAUUAUGUUGUUCGUUUAGAAGCAUUAAUCAGUUUGCUGCAAUAUUUUGUUUUCUGACCUCUUGAUUUGGCGGCAACUGUGGCCACAAGAGCCAAAAGUAUUUUCGUUCUAUUUAUUUUUCUUAAACUCGUGCGGUUUACAGUGGCGGUGUAAAUUGCUCUGCAUUUGUAGAUUGUAGCAACCAUUGUCAAGUCAAGAUUUUCCAUUUUCAGAAGUUAUUGUAGUGGAUCCUCAGUUUUGUGUUUCUAAGCUGUGAACACAUUGAGCAUAAUUUAUGGUCCUAUUUCCCCCA